UUUGGGGCUCUCUAUUAUGUUCUGUUGGUCUAUAUGUCUGUUGAUAACCAUCAUUUUAUCAUAUGAUGUGACAAAUAUAUUUUCUUGUGAACAUUCUCUGAAAUUUAGAGUAUUUAUUUAGAAUGGAUUCCUAGAAUUGGAUUUAGAAAUUGGGGUAACGUUUGGGGGUGUUAGAUACUAUUAGGCCUAGGAGAUUCAAGAACUGCCAAUACUACUCUCCUCAAAACUACUCUAAUCCCGGACAUUCCCCCCUUAGAGUUCUACAAAAGAAACAAAGAACAAUGAAAAAGAAGGCACCACUUUUAUUAAUUGGGCUAGUUCCUAGUAUCACUCAAGUUCAGAGCUCAGAUAAGCUUGGGUUAGGGUACUUGGUCUAUUUUAAAUCCUUUCAAGGACCUCAAAUUCCCUUACAGCCUAAAUCCAUGUUGUUAUCAUCACAUUACCUUCUGGCUGGCAGUACACCUAGGCACCAUUCAAAAACAAGAGAAUAGGGCAUGGUCUUAAGGGAGACCUUGUUCAACUUAUCAGUCCAGUCUCAGGAAAAAGAGAGGAAAUAGAAACGUACAUGACCUUUUCAAGCACAGUAACCCUACUCAGUAGUAAACACGGGGCAAUCAAUAUCCCAGAAUGUUACAAGUCAGAUUUUAGCUCCUCCUGGGGAAGAAAGGACUAUUAAAAAGGGUUUUCUCCCUCCCCCAUGCUACUGAGAACUUGGUCAAAGCAUAUGAAUAUUUAAGUCUUAUGAUGUAUUCAGUAAAAUACAGUUGGCAAAAUAUUUUCCAGAAAGAUUGUACUAAUUUUCCUACCCAAUUGCAUUGUACAAAAAUAUAUUUUUCUCUGCACUCUCAUUAUACAGUUAAUGAAUUCUGUCACUUACCAAUUGUGUGAUUUGGGGCAAACAACUUAACUUUGCCUCAGUUUCCUCAUCUGCAAAAUAAGAUUAAUCAUGUCUACCUCAUAAUGUUAUUGGGACAAUAUAAUCAUAUAGAACCCUUAAAGUAAUGCCUGUCACGUGUUAAAUGCUCGCUAAAAUACUAGUUAUUGUUUUUUGCUGUGGUUGUUGCUGUUAAAAUCUUAGCUAAUUUCUCAGGUGAGAAAUGUAUCUCUCAUUGUAACUGUACUUAUUGAGCUAUAUUAAUACUGAAUAUUUUUCUUAUAUUUAGUAAUUAUUGCAUUUCUUUUUUGGAAAGAGUCUGGUCAUGUCUUUGUGCCAUUAUUUAUGUAAUAAAGUUGUUUAACUUUUGUCUAGCAUCUCUCUUGAAUAUUUUUCUCAGUUCGUAGAUUAGCUUUUAGUUUUGUUUAUGGUAUUAUCUCAUGGAAGUCUUUCAAUUUAUGUUGUAAACUCUAGAUGUGCUUUCUUUUGUGGUUUCUUACCAGGCUUUUGUAUUUUUCAAAUCUGGUCCUAUCCAGAUAUCAGAACAAUUUUAACUUCUUUUCUCUUUGGUUUGUUGUCUUAGUUUUAAUAUUUUACUCCUUAAUCCAAACAGAGUGUUUCCUUAGUGUAUGAAGCACAAGGCUUUAUUUUUAAACCCAGGUAAAGUUUGUUGUUUUUUAAGAGAUCAAAUUAAGUUUUUGCCUAAAACUUUUUACAUUUUUCAAGGAUCUGUUAUAACUAAAUAUGUAGGAGGUUUGAACAGUUAGUGGUGUAGUUUUAUGUAUGGCGAUAGUCUUAACAGUAUGUGUAUAGCCAUCUAGUAAAAUCACAUGAACUCUAAUAUUCUUACAUGAGAACUAGUCAAGAAGGGUUUAACAUAAAAAGUGGCCCUGGGGAGAGGGGAUUUUGGAAAAUAUGAAGUGGAUUUAAACAAUAACAAAUUAAUAUGAAUAAAAAGAUUCUAUUUAGUAUCAAUAAAAAGAAGUUAGGUAGCAAAAACUUGAAAUAUCCAAUUAGGCAUCAGUUUUAAAUGAGCUUCUUCUACAGGAACUAACAUCAUAAACCCAAAGUUUGCUCUUUUUGUUUGUGCUAAACAGGUAAACAGGCAUAAAUCUCAAUGGGAGAAGAAAACCAAAGCUUCGUGGCUGAGUUUAUCUUCCUUGGCCUUUCACAGGACUGGCAGACCCAGAUCCUGCUAUUUGUUCUUUUCCUCAGCAUUUAUCUGUUGACCGUGCUUGGGAACCUACUCAUCAUCAUUCUCAUCUUUGUGGAUUCUCAACUUCACACGCCCAUGUACUUUUUUCUUAGAAAUCUCUCUUUCGCAGAUCUCUGUUUCUCUACUAGCAUUGUCCCUCAACUGUUGGUCCACUUCAUGGUAAAGAAGAAAACUAUUUCUUUUUUGGGGUGUAUGACACAGAUAAUUGUCUUCCUUCUGGUUGGGUGUACAGAAUGUGCACUGCUGGCAGUGAUGUCUUAUGACCGGUAUGUGGCGGUCUGCAAGCCCCUGCACUACUCCACCAUCAUGACCCAACAGAUGUGUCUCCAGUUGACCAUAGGAUCCUGGGUCAGUGGGGCACUAGUGUCUCUGGUGGACACCACCUUUACUUUCCAACUUCCCUAUGGAGGGCAGAAUUACAAUCACUACUUUUGUGAACCUCCUGCCCUCCUGAAGCUGGCUUCAGCAGAUACCUACAGCACAGAAAUGGCCAUCUUUGCAAUGGGUGUGCUCAUCCUGCUUGCUCCUGUCUCCCUGAUCCUUGUCUCCUACUGGAAUAUUAUCUCCACUGUGAUCCAGAUCCAGUCUGGAGAGGGCAGGCUUAAGGCCUUCUCCACCUGUGGCUCCCAUCUCAUUGUUGUUGUCCUUUUCUAUGGCUCAGCUAUUUUCACCUACAUGCGGCCAAAUUCGAAGACUACAAAAGAGCAGGAUAAGACGAUAUCUGUGUUCUAUACAGUGGUGACUCCAAUGUUGAACCCCAUAAUUUACAGCCUGAGAAACAAGGAUGUCAAAGGGUCUCUCAGGAAGUUAGCUAGAAGAAAGUCCUUUUCUUAGAGAUGGUGGUCUCUGGGUCUGACAUUUAGAGCUAUGGUAACAUUCUUAAAAGAGGAGCAGAAUUUCAAUAGGCCAUUAUGAGUUAGGUCAUUUCAGGAAGAAGCAGGAGAGUUAAGGAUGUAUUCUAGAAACUGAAUAUUCCACUCUAAGCUAGAAAAUAGAGAAUAAACAAGAGGAUGAAAACUUAGGUUAUAUCCUGAUUAUGAAAAGUGUCAAGUGCUAUUUUGAAGGAGUUUGUGAUUAAUUUAGCUAACAUGGACAUGGUUUAAGCAUAAUCAUAAUUAAAUCUAGGAGGUUUAAACUGGAUUGUCCUGAAAUAAUGUCUAAUAUGAGUUGCAUAUAUGAUCCUAACAUCAAAAACAUUUCAAGGUUAGAUGUCCCAGUCAUAAAAACCUAGGAACAGGUUCUGAUUAAAGCAAUAAACAUAUCUGGAAGAGUCUUCAAUACUAGAAUCACUUCUAGCCCAGAGCAUUUCAACUUGUAAAAAAGUACCAGAGGCAAUAAUACUUCCUAGUUCAUGAUGUUUUCCCCUGAAAGUUCCAGAAAAAGUUUUUUAUAUCAUCACUCCUAAUUUCAUAUAAGCAUAGACGAUCUGAGUAAAAAAGGAAUUCAACAGUCUCCUAAUCCAAUCAUAUGUCCAAGGCUUAAACCAUCACAUAGUAGUUCUAUUGAGUAAUUUUCCAGUAACUGUCCUAAACAAGAAUGAUAUAGCUCCCUGGUCUCUUGGAUUGUUCUCUUUCAUAUGUAUACAGUUUUUACUAUUAGGAAGAUAUUCCUUGUUGUAAGUCAAAACGAGUUUUCCUGUAUCUUGAACCCACUUUCCCUAGUUUACUCCUAGAACAAUUUUCAUUACCUUUCUAUACCAUAACUCACUGAACUCAGUUUCCGUAUUUGCCCAAAUACAAUUCUCACAGUGAACCACCCACUUGUUCCCUUAAAAUUCCUUUAUCUAACAUGCUUUGGUACCCUAUAUUCAUUCUGGUCACUCUCUUUUGAAUGAGCCUGAUUUACCCAAUGAAUAUCUCUUCAGAAAGCAAAACAAAAAUUAGAAUUUUAGAAAUUGGAGUUUACCAAUCCAAGGCUGACCCCUCCACAGACUUAGGUGCCUGUAUGCCACACCUCACUGUGACUCAACUUCUCUAGAAUGGUCAAUGCCACACUCUACUCAGGUUCUCAUAAACCCUUAGGCCAAAUAAAGUGGCUGACAGCCACUUCCUUCUUUUAUCUAAACUUUUAAUUAAUCACGUGUUUAGGGGCUGGCCCCGUGGCCAAGUGGUUGAGUUCUUGUGCUCCGCUUCAGCA